GGCGCUAGCUACACAUUUAGCUAGGUAACGUUAGCUAACGGUAGUUAGGUAGCUAAACAAUUUUCAUGCGGGAGUAUCCAUGUCAGUUAGGGAGAGUGGAGAAAUGUAGUUGGAAAGGGGAAGUUCAUCAUUUUAAAAACAGUGUUGUAAUAAUCUACCCCAUUUAUAUCCGUUAUUUUAUAGUUAAACAAUUAUAUCGCAGAGUGGGAAUUAGCUAGCUACAGUAGGUAACGUAGUUAGUUAUUUCAAAAUGGCCUCAUCUCCGUUGUCGCCCCAGCGUCCCUGUUGCUCGAGCUAGACAAAGCAUGCGGUACAGCUACUAGAGAAGGACAUGCGCGAUUGCAGUGAGUGCAAUAUAAAUAACUAAUUUCAUUAUUUACAUAUUUUUGUAUUAACCUAUUAUGAAUUGCAGGAUACACACUCGCACUGUUGCGUAGUCAGCUAAUUUCUCCAUUCAAAUAAGCAUAAGCGGCAGCGGAAAUACUGUCAACGUCAGUACUGUGGGGGAGGGGAGACUAUGCCUAGGUGGAGCCAGAGACGAGGAGGAGGAGAAUCUUUGGUGGAGCUGUGGGUGUUAAUGCUAUUUUAUGUAUUAAGCCUUGCUGCUCUUUGACGUUUAGAACGGUGUAAUAUAACUGAGGCAUAACACAUACAGUACAACAAGCACAGCAUACAUGAAUGAGGUUCCCUCCUUACAUUUGGUACUGACAGAUUAAUUGUUUGGAGUAAAAAACCUUGAUUCAUCAAAACAAUGAUUCAACUUUAAAGAUUUUUUUUUCAUUUAACCUUUAUUUAACUAGGCAAGUCAGUAAAGAACAAAUUCUUAUUUACAAUGACGGCCUAGGAACAGUGGGUUAACUGCCUUGUUCAGGGGCAGAACGACAGAUUUUUACCUUGUCAGUUCAGGGAUUCCAUCCAGCAACCUUUCGGUUACUGGCCCAACGUUCUAACCACUAGGCUACCUGCCGUCCUAAUUUGAAGGGGUGUAUGUUGGCUUGACCUAUGUUUUGUUUUCUUAUAGCCACAUUAACCUAUUAGAUCCUAUUUGUCAAUGGAUUACAACCUAACAGAUUUGUAUUGAACAGGCCAUUUUAGGUUUGCAGUGUUCAUAAAGAGCAAAAAGUCCCCUGCCUGGCACCACUAACUAUUUUUUUCUUAUCAAAAUGAUUGCGCCUCCUUUUUUCCUUGUUUUCAGAUAUCCAAUCAGCUAUACUCCCAUAGUAGACACCUGUUGUUUGUGGGUGAAAUGGUGCAUUAACAUGAACCCUGUGUUGUUGUUACUUGUGUAGUAUUUUGCUUCUUAGCUAGAAAUUCUCCAUUCUUUUUUACAGUUACCACUAAGGUAACAAAAGAGAAACCGAGAAAGUACAUUCAUGUGUCUGCCUCAUAUUUUGUAUUUUGAAUAGGGUACCUGGCAACGCUACUCAUGAAUUGGACUAGAAAAUAUGGAAUUAUUAUUUGGGGUUUAGCUAUUUAGAACACAGCAUUUGCUGAAUUUGACAGUUGUCUUGUACCCCAGAGGAUUGUAUAAGACUGUGCAUUUUAUCAGUGGUCUGACGCAGGUCCAUUUGCAGUCUUCAGUUCUUGCAGCUAACAUGAUCUUAGAUUUCAGUAAGGGCACCAGUCCAAUUAUGUGAUAUAUUGUUUUUCAUCAUGGUUUAUUGAUGGCUAAUGACAUUAGAAGCACAUAACCACCCUCUAGUGAAAGCAAUGGUUAGGCUAAGUGGUCGGCCAUAAAGUCUGCACUCAAGUUAGGUUCAUUAACACACUCAAAAGCACUCUCCUGAUUGCUUCCAAUGGUGAAAACAUACAGUAAAUGCGACAGUGUCACUUGUGAUGUUAUUUGUUGCUUCAGUGCUGAGAUGUCUUCUCAGGUAGGACCAAAGCUCAAUGUCCUUUGCUUGGCAGACUGAUAGAUUGUGCCCCUGUGAUGUCCACAGUGUAUCCCUGCAGCCCUAGAAUAGAUAGAUACAAGACAUUUGCUUAUUAGGAACAUUGCUUAAGUUGCUAUUAUCAACUGUGCUUUUUUUGCCAUAAGCUAGUAUAGUGUUAAAAUCUAUUAAGUGCAAAUGUUUGCUGUUUUGAACCAAAAUGUUACUUUAUUAGCUUUACUUUAUUUCAUACUUGUCUCCUGUUUGAUAUAAUUUCUUGCUUCGUAGAUGGUUGAUCCAUGUAGCAGAGUAGUAACUCCAAUUACUGCCCCAGCCACUGCUCUCUCUGAGGAGAUGCACACCCUGACAGAAGUUCCUUUGUUUUAGUCUGAUGGAAAAUGUAGUGUGAUGUCACACAGGCUCCUGUCCUGUGUUCUCUCCCUACUCUGCUCUUCCCUGCUUGUUGGUCCCUUGGAGUCAACAGCCGUCCCCUGUUGUUUUGAGGAGCCUUGCUUCAGACUGGCCUAAAAUGGGCAGAAAGGGUGCAGAACAAAAGCUGCUUGUUGCUUGUACAAAAGUACUGAAGCGCUGCAGCCGGGACCAAGCUGCUAUGCUAAUGCCUGUGCCUCUCAACAGGAAAGAGAGCCAAAAUGUUCCCGAAGGGCACGAAGCGCAAGUUUUCCGACUCCAGGGAGGAACCUGUGGCAGGCGGUGAGGAUGUGAAUCAGUCGAGUUUGGCAGCUGUGAGGAUGCUGUCGUCCUACAGCCUGCAGCGGCAGUCCCUGCUGGACAUGUCCCUGAUCAAACUGCAGCUGUGCCACAUGCUGGUGGAGCCUAAUCUGUGCCGUUCGGUGCUGAUUGCCAACACGGUGAGGCAGAUCCAGGAGGAGAUGACCCAGGACGGCACCUGGCAGAUCAUGACCCAGGCCCUGAGUGCUGCCAACGCUGCUGCCCAGUGCUCUGCAGACCGCCUGGUGGCCACCGAGGUGCUGUGCCGGCAGACAGAGGCAGCCCAGGGGGAGCAGGUCCCCAAGCCCUUCCCAGUGGUGGGUUCAGAGGGCUGCCCUGCGGAGGAGGUGUUGGAGGAGGAGGCGGCGGCGGCAGAGGUGGGGAUGACUAUGUCCACUGUCUCCCCCCAAGCCCCAACCUCCUACCUGCCAGGCACCUUUGGCAUGGACCCCUGCUGGGAAGAGGAGGAGACAGGUGAAGAUGAUGAUGAUGAUGAUGAGGAGGAGGAGGAGGACAGUGAGGAGUGUGGGUCUGGCUCAGAGGAGGAGAGGGAGCGUGACAGCCUGGUGGAGGACACCAGGACAGCAGAGCAGGUCUUUGGCACGUUCGAGAUCAAAAACCCUGCGCCCAGCCCCGACCCUGCUCUGGAGGAACUGUUUUCAGACGUGGAUGCGUCUUACUACGACCUUGAUACAGUGCUGACAGGAAUGCAGAGCGUUCCUAAGAUGGGGCCCUAUGACCUCCUGGAGAGCCUGUCCUCCCAUGGGCCCUCACCCCUCAGUUCCAGCACAAGCUGCCGAUCAGACCUCAAUGAACUGGACCACAUCAUGGAGAUCAUAGUGGGCUCCUGAGAAACAACACACUUUCUUGCAUACUUACUUUGACUCUUUACAGACUGCACGUGGUGCGUAUAUUUGGAUAUGGUGUUAUUAUACGUUCAGAUGUUGAGGGUUUAUGAAAUCAAGAACUUAUUCAGUGUUACGACAUGCAGCUGUGCAUCUCUAAGUGGGCAGAGAUUACAACCUAUACCAUUAUGAUUUUUCUUAUUUUACAUACUUUUCUAUAUUUCUUUUUGUCAUACAAUCUAUUUUUCCACUUUUGUUUUUAUUUAUUGUAAUAUGUAUGGACUGAAGAACAAUGUCAUUACACUACACACAAAUAGACCCGAACAUCCAAUCUUCUGAAGCAUAUUUUCCUAAAGAGUAAAACAAAUAUUAGUGAAACAUGUAUGUACAGUUGAAGUCGGAAGUUUACAUACACCUUAGCCAAAUACAUUUAAACUCAGUUUUUCACAAUUCCUGACAUUUCAUUCUAGUAAAAAAAUUCCCUGUCUUAGGUCAGUUAGGAUCACCCCUUUUAUUUUAAGAAUGUGAAAUGUCAGAAUAAUAGCUGAGAGAAUAAUUUAUUUCAGCUUUUAUUUAUUUCAUCACAUUCCCAUUGGGUCAGAAGUUUACAUACACUCAAUUAGUAUUUGGUAGCAUUGCCUUUAAAUUGUUUAACUUGGGUCAAACGUUUUGGGUAGCCUUCCACAAGCUUCUCAUAAUAAGUUGGGUGAAUUUUGGCCCAUUCCUCCUGACAGAGCUGGUGUAACUGAGUCAGGUUUAUAGGCCUGCUUGUUCGCACAAGCUUUUUCAGUUCUGCCCACACAUUUUCUAUGGGAUUGAGGUCAGGGCUUUGUGAUGGCCACACCAAUACCUUGACUGUGUUGUCCUUAAGCCAUUUUCCACAACUUUGAAAGUAUGCUCGAGGUCAUUGUCCAUUUGGAAGAUCCAUUUGCGACCAAGCUUUAACUUCCUGACUGAUGUCUUGAGAUGUUGCUUCAAUAUAUCCACAUAAUUUUUGUCCCUCAUGACGCCAUCUAUUUUGUGAAGUGCACCAGUCCCUCCUGCAGCAAAGCACCCCCACAACAUGAUGCUGCCACUCCCAUGCUUCACGGUUGGGAUGGUGUUCUUCGGCUUGCAAGCAUCCCCCUUUUUCCUUCAAACAUAACGAUGGUCAUUAUGGCCAAACAGUUAUAUUUUCGUUUCAUCAGCCCAGAGAACAUUUCUCCAAAAUGUACGAUCUUUGACCCCAUUUGCAGUUGCAAACCGUAGUCUGGCUUUUUUAUGGCAGUUUUGGAGCAGUGGCCUUUUCCUUGCUGAGCGGCCUUUCAGGUAAUGUCGAUAUAGGACACGUUUUUACUGUGGAUAUAGAUACUUUUGUAUCUGUUUCCUCCAGCAUCUUCACAAGGUCCAUUGCUGUUCUGUGAUUGAUUUGCACUUUUCGCACCAAAGUACAUUCAUCACAUUCAUCUCUAGGAGACAAUGCGUCCUUCCUGAGCGGUGUGAAGGCUGCGUGGUCCCAUGGUGCUUAUGCUUGCGUACUAUUGUUUGUACAGAUGAAUGUGGUACCUUCAGGUGUUUGGAAAUUGCUCCCAAGGAUAAAUCAGACUUGUGGAGGUCUACAAUUUUUUUUCUGAGGUCUUGGCUGAUUUCUUUUCAUUUUCCCAUGAUGUCAUUAAAAGAGGCACCGAGUUUGAAGGUAGGCCUUGAAAUACAUCCACAGGUACACCUCCAAUUGACUCAAAUGAUGUCAAUUAGCCUAUCAGAAACUUCUAAAGCCACGACAUAAUUUUCUGGAAUUUUCCAAGCUGUUUAAAUGCACAGUCAACUUAGUGUAUGUAAACUUCUGUCCCACUGGAAUUGUGACACAGUGAGUUAUAAGUGAAAUAAUCUGUCUGUACACAAUUGUUGGAAAAUUACUUGGGUCAUGCACAAAGUAGAUGUGCUAACCGACUUGCCAAAGCUAUAGUUUGUUAACAAGAAAUGUGUGGAGUGGUUGAAAAACGAGUUUGAAUGACUCCAAAGUAAAUGUAAACUUCUGACUUCAACUGUAUGUAUAUAGAAAUAUAUAUAUUUUUCAAUUUACAGUUUGGGAAAUUUACCAGUAUGAUUUAAUAUAAUUUCCCCCCAUAUUUUGACUAUGAUAAAUUUAAAUUUAGCCAGUCAACCAAUGUCUUCCUAUGGUUUGGUUUUAAGCAUUUAAGUCUCAAGAUGGGCACAGUUUUUUUCCCUACUUGAUUUGAAUCCAUCCCUUACAACCUAGACUAGAUUUGUAAAGUAUUUAGAGAAACUCUUGCUUGAUAUCAGCAUUAAGAAGCCUUAUUUUCUGAUAUUUGUAUUAAUACAAAUUAAGAAUUAUUGGUUGACCCAUUAAGUUAUUCUUUUUAAUUUAUUUAAUUUAUUAAAUACAGAUACAUACAUGCCACGUAGAUUUUUAAACUGAGCCGUGUAUACCCAUGUGAUAUAUUAUAAACUGGGUGGUUCGAGCCCUGAAUGCUGAUUGGCUCAAAGCUGUGGUAUAUCAGACCAUAUACCACGGGUAUAACAUUUUUACUGCUCUAAUUACGUUGGUAACCAAGUUAUAAUAGAAAUAAGAUGCCUCGGGUGGUUAUGGUAUAUGGCCAAUAUACCAUGGCUAAGGGCUUUAUCCAGGCACACUUUAGCCGUGGUAUAUAUUGGGCAUAUACCACACCCCCUUUUGCCUUAUUGCUUAAUUACAACUCAAUACCCCCCUAUUCACUAUGCAUUUCUUUUGCAAAAAAAUAUUUUGUACAGAAUUCAACUAUCAUUUUUUAAAUUUAUUUUUACAAGCAGCUCUUUCUCUAAAGAUUUCUUUUCAGAUUGUCUCCUUAUCAUGAUGAAAAGAUUACUCAGGCAAACCGUACCAGUAAAAUCUGACAGUAUUACUCUGGUCAUUACCACCACAACUCCUCUGAAUGAUGUCACUGCUUCAAACAGCAGCUAGAAUUUCAAAGACCUUAACAAUUGUAAAGUAUAUGCAUUUUUAUAUUAAGAACACAUUUUAGGACCUUUGUAAAUAUUUUUUUAAAUAAAAGGUGCAAAUCUUG